AUGGGCGUAAAAUGGCGGUUGAAAUGCCGCAUCUGGGCGGUUUUAGCAAUCAUACAAGUCGCUCACGGUUACGAAAUGUACACCAUAUCUCAACUGUCACCAAAAUCAGCACACAACGACAAAUCACCUCAAGACGUACUUAGAACAGAGCCAGAAAACCUCGCGUUCAGAAUAGAGCCUAGCGUGAAACUCGAAGAAGACUUGACACCAGUUGAGGCUAGCAGGAACCCUAGAUCAAUUAACACAGACGAAAUAGCUUUGAAUAACAACGAAAUCGACAACGAAGUAGUUCACAAUAAACGUAAAUACUACGAUAUUACCCCAACGAAAACUAUAGAUUAUUACAACGAUGACGCAGCUAUGUUGCUGUCAUCUGGGUUUGGUGAUAAAUUAGACUUUAAGUUUCCGGGGGAAGCGAAAAGGGCUCCGAAGGGGCGUGCACUGACACCUACGGAGCCCAAAGUGAAAGCUACUGUGCAACCAAUCCUUAGGGAGGAAGGGCGACAAAACACGGAAAUACAAAAUAUAAUCACUGGCAUAGUUAAACUGCUAAAUGGUAAUGUAAAUGUGCAGGCGAAUUCGCAGUUACUGAACGGUAGACCGCGACCGAUGGCGUCCAGAAUUAAUAACCGUGGACCGCCUAGAAUAUCUGAAGUGCCUCUACCAGAGUUUGAUACUGUAACACACUCAUUCGUACCGACGAAGACACCACCACCGUACCCGUUUGAAAGACCUCCUGUGGAACAAAUCCCGCCUAGACCGUUCCAUAGACCCAUUCCGCCCUGGCAAAGACGACCACGUCCGCCGAAUAGACGACCCAAUCCCGGUCUACCAAUAUAUAAACCACCUGUAUUAGAAGACAAACCUGAAAUAGAAAAUGUAAUACCAAUAGAAUUCACUACAGAAAAGAAUGUCACUGAUACUACCACGGAAUUUACUACAGCGAAAACAAUAGAAAAGUCAACAGAAGCACUAAUAGAGAAGACAACAGAAGUUCUGGAAACUACAAAGAAACCAAUUGAGGUUACCGAAGCAACCACAGUUAAAACGACAACUGAAAAGCUUGAAGAGAUUAUAAAUCAUACGGAAAAAACAUAUAAAGAGGAAGUCAUAGAUAAAAAGGAAAUCACAAACAAAAAGGAAGUCACAGACAAAAAGAAAGUCACAGACAAAAAAGAAGUCUCAGACGAAAUCGAAGUGACAGAUAAAAAGGAAGUGACAGACAAAACGGAAGUAACAGACAAAAAGGAAGUGACUGCUAUAAAGGAUGUAACAGAUAAAGAAAUGAAGCAUGAUUUUGAUGUUAUACAACCGUCCAUUACUGAAGUUUCCAUUGAAGCUACAUCGACUUCUUCUACUGAAGCACUUGGUGGUACAACUCUAGGUGUUACUACGAAAACGGAUGCUGUCAUUGAGAAGACUUCGAUCAAUACUCAGCCAAUAGCAACAUCCCAAGGUAUCCCCUACCAGCCGUACCGUCCGAGGCCAGGAAUAGUUCUGGAUGACACGGACUUCAAACCUCACGGAACAAGGCAUCGAGACGCCCCCGUCAUCACGGCCCCAGAACAUCUCCCGGGAUAUGGAGAGAUAUUUGACGUUACUGUGUCAGCUAUUCAAGGACCGGGGGAAAAAGGUUCAGUACAUAUAGAGAAUAUAAACAUACACAACGAUGACAUCAUAGUAUCGCCCUCGGGUGAGCAAGGAUUUGUGUCAAUCGAUGGGAAGAGGACUUACCUCAACCUAUUUGACACGAGCACCAGUAUAAGUCCCACGAAGGUGCAGCAACCGCAACAGCAGACUGUGACAGUACCACCCCAAACGGCCACGCAAUUGGGGACAGGUGUGGCCGUACCAGCUGAUGAUGUGCAGGCACCGAUACGGAGACCAGUCCAUCGGCCACAGACGUUCAGACGGCCACAGCCAACUGUUAGAAUCGAUACAUGCAUCGUUGGCGAUGACUCCACUUGUGAUCAGGCGCAGAACGAAAAGUGUAGGACGGAAGCUGGUAUUUCCAGCUGCCAAUGCAGACCUGGUUAUGCACGAAGAAUACAUCGUGACCCAUGUCGCCGUGUGGUCUCUUUAUUAAUGGAACUGAGGGUGGAUCGAUUGUAUGAUAGAAAGGUAAUCUGGGAUGUAAAGCUGAUGGACAAAGAUUCGGAGCCCUACCAACAACUAAGCUAUGAAGCUGUCAGAGCAAUCGACUCGGCAUUUUCGAUGACUCCAUUUUCGGAUGACUUUGUGUCGGGUUCAGUUAAUGCCAUACACAAGGGAGAAGAAAAUCAAGUAUUUGUCAACUAUACAAUAUUGAUGCAAGAAACAGGGGAGACACUCCGUGCGGCUGUCGCGACAGACAUACAAAAACACAUAUUGGGUGUUAUACGUCGUCGAUCGAAUAAUGUGGGUACUUCAGCGCUAUGGGUCGAUUCGCCUGCGGGUAGUGUCCUACCGCUCGAAGAUGUGGAUGAAUGUUCAGUCCCGGAGCUGAAUGAUUGCCACAAAUUGGCCUCUUGCACUAACACAUGGGGCGCUUUUAAAUGUACCUGUCCAGAGACAACACUUGACCCUGCAGUGACCGUAACCCGGUCGGGUCGAGAUUGUCGCGAGUGCAGCUCGUCGCAUUGCAACGAGCGCGGUGUCUGUCGGUAUAAUAAUGGACAGCCUUACUGUAGCUGUUCCAGCGGUUACUACGGAUCCUCCUGUGAAGUUGACGGUGAAGUCGUGGGCGUGGCAGUGGGCGCGUCCCUCGCAGCCGCACUUGUCAUUGCCCUUACCCUAGCUGCUCUUACUGCUUGGAGCCGCAAAUGGAGCCGCGAACAGAAGGCAAUGGGUAUGGGGUCGCCCGUGUUUAACUAUAUGACGGCCAAUACUGUGAAGACGCCCCCAGUGGGCCAACCGCCUUAUCAGGUGACACUGGAAGAGAGAAUGCGUUGGGCUCAAAUUGCUGAAGCGAUGGCUCAAGCCAAUCACUAUGCUCAACCAGACCCAGUCCAAAUGGCGACACGGCCCUCUUCUGCUAUGUUCGGAUACCCCACUUUGCCGCCAGUACCAUUACCCAGAAUGGGUUUACACGGAACGAUGAAUACAGUCAAUUCAAGGAUUAAUUCUGCUUCUCAUCACAAUCUGUAUGGUUACACUAACCACAUGGCGUCAGAGUCCAGCUCCGACGCGUCGAGUCACGUACAAGAUCGCGCCGAUCUUUUGGUCCCAAGGCCCAAAUCCCGCGCCAGGAGUAUGCAUAACCAAACUGGAAUCUACUAUGAUGUUGAAUAUGAAAAUGCACCAGAACCGAUUUAUGGGUCGAAGGGUAUACCACUGUCGACGUAUACAGUUAGCAGGGGACCGCCGUUCUAUAGAUAA